CCCGCCCCGCCCGCCGCCGCCAAGUGAGGGAAUAAAGUUCAGGGCCGGGGCAGGCGAUCCUGCGCAGAGCGUGAGCGCGGCCUGCGGCAGCGGUGCUGGUGUCGGGCCAUGGCUUCGGAGGAGCUGGCGCAGAAGCUGCAGCGGCGGCUGCUGCUGGAGGAGAGCGGAGCGGCGGCGGCGGAGGGCGACGGGGAGGAGGCGGGGGUGGCCCCGUGUGAGGCGGACGAGGAGCGGAGCUGCCUGACGGCCAGCGCGGACGAGGAGCUGAGCGCCAAACUGGCCCGGCGGCACGACAUCAACGAGGGCGCGGCGCAGCCCCGCCGGGCGGCCGUCUUCAAUCCCUACACCGAGUUCAAGGAGUUCAGCCGCCGGCAGAUCAAGGACAUGGAGCGCAUGUUCCGCCUGUAUGACUCGGGACGGGAUGGAUACAUUGACCUGAUGGAGCUGAAACUGAUGAUGGAAAAGCUGGGAGCCCCCCAGACCCAUCUGGGCCUGAAGAACAUGAUCAAAGAGGUAGAUGAAGACUUCGAUGGGAAACUCAGCUUCCGUGAGUUCCUGCUGAUCUUCCAUAAAGCUGCAGCUGGGGAACUUGAGGAGGACAGUGGACUGUUGACUCUCGCAAAGCUUUCUGAGAUAGAUGUCUCCACUGAGGGAGUCAAAGGAGCCAAGAACUUCUUUGAAGCUAAGGUUCAAGCCCUUUCUUCUUCAAGUAAGUUUGAAGCAGAGAUAAGAGCUGAGCAAGAUGAGCGAAAGCGAGAAGAGGAGGAAAGGAAGCACCGCCGAGCAGCUUUCAGGGAGUUAAAGUCUGCGUUUACCCAGUAAGCAGCUAGCCAAUAUGCACUCUGAGAUUGCACGUGACUUUGUACGUUUUCCAGAUCAGGGUUCUACCUGGAGAGAACAGCCUGGCUCCUGCCAAGCGAAGCUGUAACAAAUUUUAGUCUUCCUC